UCGAACAGCUGAUUAGCCAAGAAUUUUUUCAACACGCGGGAGCUCUCGCCGUCUUUUUAGUUUGGGAAAUGAGCAUUAUACUCAUAGUUGUACAACUUCUCAAGUAAAAAAAGUCACACUCCCCCAAAAUGGCUGAAGCUGCUUUAAGAGAACUAAUUGAAAUGCUAAUGAGUGAGAAGGAAGACGUAAGACUUGGUGCACACCUGACUUUGGCACAACUGAGUGGAACAUCUGAGGGAGCUCUGCUUGUUGGCCAAUGUUCCAGCAUCAUGAAUUUGGUUAUUGGAUCUUUAGUUACCAUCUCCCCUGAAGAUUCAUCUCAGCUGCUCCCUACAGUUCUUACACUGCUCACCAAUAUUGCAGUGACACCUGCUGGUGCCAAAGCAGUGUUAUCACACUUGAAAACAAUGCUGCCUUCAGUACUCAAGUUAAUCACAGAGCCUAAGAGUCGACAUGCUGAUCGAGCUUGUGCUUUGCUGGUGAACAUCACGCACCAAAAGGAGCAUUGCCAGGCAGUACUGCAGUGUGUGCAAGAGACCAGCAGCUCCGCGCUACACACCUUGCUCCUAGCAGCGACCAACACCUCCUACAACACCGCCGACAACUCCUUAGACCUCCUCAUGUCUGUCUUUGAAAAUAUCUCUCAGCUCCCUGAGGGAAGGAAAGCAUUGCUUGAUCGCAAAAGUGUGAUGAUCCAACGGCUGCUUCCUUUCACGCAGUACAUGGCCUCCACUUCCAGACGAAGAUCAGCUGUUGCCACGCUGCAUAACUGCUGCUUCCAGAAGGUAGAUCUGUGCGCUACAAGCACCAGCAGAGAGCGGCUCCGCAAGCUCAAUAUUUAUCUCGUGCUCCGUGAGCUCCACAAAUGGGAAACGAAUGAACCCUGCCUGACGCUCCUCGAAGACCUGGUUAACAUUUUAAUCAGAACUGAGGAGGAAAUCGGAGUUGAUGACCUCAGCUCCAUGGAAAUCCCCGAAGACUUGCGGAAGAAAUUCGAGGACCUGAACAAACAGAAUGAAGACGACCCAAUACCGGCGCCGAGCAAGAGUGAAUAAAGCUUACCGUGAUAAUAUUUUCUUUAAUUUAUUUAGUAAUAAUCCUUCUGACUACGUCAAAGGUUGGAGACUAGGAAAUAGGGACUAAUAUGUAUUAGAAAACAAUGAAAUAAAAAAUUUAGUUUAAGACUAAACAAAUACUUAUCUACGUUAUCGUUAACUAUCGACUAAAGGUUGCUCUAAAAUAUGAUUUUUUUACAGGAAAUACCAUACGAGGCUGAAAAAACCUUA